AUAAAGGCUCGACAUUUUUGAGCUGAUGCCAUUUCCGUUUCUCAGAUUUCCGGUAAAAAUAACCGCUGUUUACAUAUAAUAUUUGUGCUUUUAUGUAAAAAGUGAAGACUGCACAAAAUGAAGCGGGCAGCAUCACCAGGUUUAAUGGAGGUGGUGGCGGAAGCUGUAGAUCCAUCAGAGACAGAAGUAAUCACAGAAAUUGUCACAGAGAUACCUGUUCAGGAUAUCAAACGCCAGAGAACAGAAGAAGAAGUUUGCCUUGAUGAUGGGAUUGUGUACGAGGAAGAAAUAAUUCAGCACCAGCAACCACCACCACAGUAUCAGAAUUUGAUCAUCCAGCAUAUGGAUAUUGCUGAACCACUCUCCACCCUCAAAAGGUUGCUAGAGAUCAGGUUGCAAUGCUCUUUAGCAGAUCAUCAGUUUUACUUACAGGACUCUAUAGAGCUUGACAGUAACAAAAGUCUUGUAGAUCAAUGUGUGCAAGGGGAGGGAAUGGUACAGAUAAAUUUAGAAGUCAAAUCUCAGCCAGGUGUUAAGCCCAAGAUUAACAUCCUGGAUAUUUUAAAAACAGCAGAGGACGAGGUGGAAGAAAAAUAUGUGGCAGAGCAAGCCAUGCAGUCCAGCCAAUCCCAGAAUGCAAAAGUUGUUAUACCAUUGCCAGAAGAGUCUGAGAAUGUUACCAGGUGGAUUGUAGAUCAGAGCUUCAGAAGGGACCAGGAACGCUUAAAAAUACCAUUUGAUCCUGCUGAGUGGAGUGAAUUACAUGUCAAGCAUUGGAUCCAGUGGGCAGUGAAAGAGUUUCGCCUACAGAAUGUCAUCAUUGAUGAGUUCAACUUCAAUGGGAAACAGCUGUGUGCCAUGUCCCACCCAGAGUUUGUUCAACACAUCCCAAAUGACCCUGGGGACAUCUUCUGGACACAUUUAGAACUUCUUAGAAAAUGUAAAUUUGUUGCUGUGAUGCAGCAGCCCACACCUCAUGCAAUAACCACCAUUACAGUGUCCACAUCAGAUGCAGAAAGCAAAUAUGGUCGUGUAAGAUCAGUUGGCAAACACAGGCCACGGUCGCCUAGAAUAACAGGAGAAGAAAGGAUGUCGCCAGGGAACAGGACAGGCAAUAACGGCCAGAUCCAGCUGUGGCAGUUUCUCUUGGAGCUGCUGACCGACAAGUUGUGUCGAGAGGUCAUCGCCUGGGUCGGUGACGAGGGGGAGUUCAAGCUGGUCAACCCGGAGGUCGUGGCUCAGAUGUGGGGGCAGCGCAAAAACAAACCGACCAUGAAUUAUGAAAAAUUGUCCAGGGCGCUCAGAUACUACUACGACGGGGAUAUGAUCGCAAAGGUACGUAAUGUUCACGGGAAAAGGUUUGUCUACAAGUUUGUCUGUGAUCUGAAAAUGCUGCUGGGGUACUCCGCGGCUGAGCUGAGCAGGCUUGUGGGCACGUCUGAGGAGAUGUCGGUGGUUGAUCGGCGCACACCCCAGUCCCACCAGAUGAGGUCAAGGGGAGCCUUCAUUGCAACGAUCAAGUCAGACGCGCACGCAGCAGCGAGGCUGAUUGAACAGCAGGCAGCGACGUCACGCAUCAUUGAGCAGCGGACGCAGGUUGUGCAGACGGUAGAUUGACUAUAUGAACCCGUAUAAAUUUCCGUAAAAUGCUUUGGCUGUUUAACAUAGUGGGUGAUAGGGGUGUGUAGUUGUAAUUCCAGAGUUUUAAUGUAAUAAUAGUAAGGUACAUUAAGUCAUUUCCAUUCAUGCACGGUAAAUAAUUGUUUAUAGAAAGCCUGUUUUCUGAUUUUUAAAUGUCAGAUGUCUAAGGUAACUGAUUUAUUUACCUAUUAAGCAAUAAGUGGUCCUUGCAAGUUAUGUUUAUUUAUUUUUUGAAUUUUUUUUUUAUUUUCAGAUGUAUUAAUUACAUUCUUGUUGUAACAAGGUAUAGCUGGAUUAGGGUCCCCCCACCCCCUCCUGCCCCAUGUAAAGACGUCCCUGUAUGUGGAUAAAUCAAUUUUGAUUUAUUUUUAACCUGAAAUGUGUACCUGUACCUAGUCCAGAAUAGAAGGAGGAAAAGAAAACAUGGCCUUGAUAUAGAGUAGGGUCCUGGCUGAUGAGCUCGUAAGCUCAGGUCAAGCUGGGGAAAUGAUUAAAAUUCUGUACGCAGUGACCCCAGUCAGUGUCGACUGACUUGCCAUAGAACCAGUGUUCUCUUGUUUCACAGAGGUUCACUAGUUAACUUUGAUGUACAUAUGUAAAUUGUUUUAAAGAUGUUGUAUUUGCCUGGAGAGAGAGAGAGUGUUGUGAGUGAGCUGUUAUAUGCUGCGUACACUGUGCCUAUAGUUUGAUCUUGUCAUGCUCUCAUUGUUGUACAAUGACUUAACACUGUAGCUCUUGUACAGAUAUCCAAAUCACUUUGUUCCUUUCUCACCAUUACUGUAAAUAAUAUGCAAGAGAACUCUGGAUGUUAUGUUUACUCAAAAAAUUUAUUUUGAUGAAUAAAUUAUUAUUGCAAAUAAAAAUGUAAGCGGUUGUUUAAUUAUGCAAUCUAAACAGUAAACACAUUGACCAUGGUUGAGAAAUGAAUGUAUGCGUAUUUUAUUUUUGUUGACUCCAGAUCCAGGUGGUCUGAAGCCCAGACAGAUAUUUAGAGUGUUGGCUUGCCUAGUAACUCAGUCAAUGUAAUCAUUUAAUCUUGCCUAGAAGUAUUAGCUCUCACUAUUUCAAAAUGUUUUAUUUUCUUUCACCUAUUGAUCCCAUAUCUGUGCACCUUUGGGCUAAUGUAGCUUUGUAUCUCAUCCCUCACCUGUUUUCAAACACAGCUGCCCGUAAUUUGAUCCUAUUCACCACUUUUAGCCUCCCCUCUGUUGUCGUGUGUUUACUUUUUCCCAUCCCAGGUUUGCAUGCUUUAACCAGAACUUUUUGCUUCUUUCUUGCUGUAGGUAUUUAUCUUCCUUUUUUGAUGUCAUAUUUUAGUUCUCUGCUUUUAGAUGUGGGAAUUAAAAUUAAAGUACAUUUGAGGCUCCCCAAAACUAUAGACAUUGAGUUCCCACAAUCUUAGACUUUGAGGCUUUCAGAAACUAAAACUUGACGCUUUCCAAAAUUUUAGACCCCUGGGCCUCCCAAAAUGAUACUAUAGAUACUGAGCUUCUCAAAACUUCAAAUAUUUUAAUACUACAAUUAAACGUUUCAAUAUGAACAUCACUAAA